CGUUAGCCAGGCUUUGCCCCGCCCCCUGGUGCGCGCGCACGCAAGGCCUUGCCCUCCUUCGCCCCGCCCGCGUCAACAAAGGUCUGCGUUUGGCGUGCCCUGGCAGCGCAGGCGCACUCUGGCCAUUUGGUCCUUGGUUCCCUUAGUAACCGCUCGGCCGCCUCGGGUCUUACAACGGGCUCCGCCAGCGCUAAAAUGGAGCCUUUUAAACCAGAACCCGAGCUCCAGCAGUGUUACCACCGGUUGCUGCGUCCGCUGUCGCUCUUCCCCAGCAGAACGACAGGCUCACAGUCUCAGAAGCGCCUCCUGCAGGAGGUCCCGAUGCUACCGUCCCUGCCCGUCUCGCGGCUGACGGUGGCGUCGCUGUGCCGCCAGGUGGCCAAGCGGCUGGCCAGCUGUGGGCUGGAGGAGCAGAUGCCUCCUGAGGGCCGACAGCGUUUCACAGAGGUCAUUUUGGACGAGCUGAAGUGCAGCUGGCGGGAGCCUCCCGCUGAGCCUAGUCUGAGCCACCUGAACAACCAGAGGCUGCGGAAGCGGCUCCUGGUUUACGUGCUGCUCAGCUGCGAGCGGCUCUUCUUAUGUUACCUGCACCUGCUGAAGACCAGGUCGACCUCCACUUAUGUCUACACUGAAUCAGCCACGCUCACCCGGCUGGCCGCCAGCCUCGCCAGGGACUGCACGGUGUUCCUCACCAGUCCCGAGGUCUACCGUGGCCUGCUCGCUGAUUUCCGUGCCCUGCUGAAAGUAGAGGAGGCCCAGGGCGGCAUAUUAAAACUGCGCUCCUUCAGCUCCCCUGGGGCUGUCAAACCACCUCCUCACAGCGCCCGCUUGCCCCAAAUGCCAUGCUGCCACCUCAACCUGAACUAUCUCAUCCAGCUCAGUCGCUCGCAAGAGUUUCUCGGAGAACCUGAACCCGACCCAGUGAAGGAACUGAAGUCCAUCCCCCAGCUGAAGAGGAGAAAGGCUCUCCCCUGGCUGUACGCCAUGCAAAAGAAGAAAGCCAGCUUCACUUCCUCACAGACCGAGUCGCAGCCUGGGGGCCCCGUAGCUCUCACCAGUGGGUCUCCCCUCACCUCCCAUUUGCUUCUCUACUCCCAGCUCCAGAAGAGCCAGUCCACGCCCUCUCUGCGUGAGGGCUGGACGCUAGCAGAUGAAUUGGGUCUUUCUUCCAUCUCCCCUCGUCCCGUAACCCCGUUGGUCCUGUUUGCAGAGAGCAAACCAGAGCUGGUGGGGGACAUGGUGGCCGAGGACCUGAAGCAGAUGAUGAAGAACAUGACAUUGGAGUGGACUCCCUACUCACCAGUAGAGUCAGGCAUGCCCCCACUCCUGGGGGCCCAGACCCACCACUCGGCUGCAACACAUCCCAUGGAAGAGCUCCAGAGAAUGUUGAAUGAGGAAGGAGAAACCUCUGGGCAGUGGGGUCCCCAGUCCUCCAAAUCCCCUCCACUCCAUCCACAGCCAGUGACUGUUACUCUGAAGCUAAGAAAUCAGGUGGUGGUCCAGGCAGCUGGUGUACAAGUCUCGGAGAGAAAGUUUUUGGAUUCCUUCCACGUUGAGGAGGCCGGAGCCCUAUACAACCACCUGGCUGGUGAACUGGACCCCCAUCUGAUCGAGAAAAUGGAUGUCGAUCGCUUUUUUGGUAAUAGCAUUAAGGAGGUCUACAAGGAGUUGAUGAGCAGUGUCUCUACUGACCACUUGUCUUUUGACCGGGGACCCCUGAUUGAGCCUGCAGCCAGUAAAGACUGGUCCAUGUUCCUGGUCUCAGCCUUUCUGCGUCAAGAACGGCAGUAUCACCUCAUCAACCCCAAGCUGGCUGGUCUUUUCUCCCACAGACCAAACACUUUACAGUCCAACCCCGAGAGGACGUCCUCCCUGCCAUCACUCCAAGCAGGCAAAGGCUGGGAGGUGCCAUCAAACAAGACCACAGCGGUGAACUGGUGGAAGGCCACCCUGUCUGCGGAUGACUAUUUCAAGUACCUCACCAACCAGGAGACAGACUUCCUCCAUGUCAUCUUCCAGAUGUAUGAAGAGGAGACUCCCGUGGAGAUCGUAGCCCCUGCCAGAGAGUCCCUGAAGAUUCAGCCCCCACCUCCGCUGCAAAAAGAUGAAGAGCCAGACUUCAUGCCAGGAGAGUGGGAUUGGAACACAGUGCUGGGGCACAGCCUAGAAACUAAGAGGCCCAACCUCCCGGGAGAACCCGUCAAAAUCCUCAGCCUGCAGAAGCGUCUGGAGCGGUUGUGGUCCAUGCUCGAGGUUCCCAGCAAGGACCGGUUGGACAUGGCCAUCAAGUACAGCUCCAAUGCCCGUCUGAGGCAGCUGCCUUCAUUGGUGAGCGCCUGGGAGCAGACCCUGCAGCCCAUUCAGCGGCGGGAGAUGUGGCUGGGGAAACUGGAGUGGUUUGAGCGGCAGGCUUCCGACCCCAACCGUUUCUUCCAAAAGACUGACUCGGAACUGAGUCGCUUCCUGGAGGAAAAUCACAUCCGCGACCAUCUACACAGGAAGCUCAAUCUAAUGGAGGCCCCUUUGGUUUCGCUCCUGAAGGAGGUCGAAUUAAUCUUUGGUGAGCCAGUGACCUUCAAGGGCAGGCCUUACCUGGACAAGAUGAAGCGUGACAAAGUGGAGAUGCUCUACUGGCUGCAGCAGCGGCGGCGGGUGCACCACCUGGUCCGGGCGUGGAAGGCCUCCCACCAGUCAGCCAGGAUGAGGAGGCGCGGCAGCCCACCGUUAAUAGCCCCUGGGAAUAGUCCCAGGCCAAGUGCCUUCAAAUCCCUCCCUCGCCCCCCAACACCCCGAGGCUCCACCCAGACCUCUUGACGGCUUUGCAAGAAGAAAUAUCUGGGAGCGCAGGCUUCAGGAACACUGCGCUUCCCGCUACCGAGGGACUGAGACUAACACUUUAUUUUGACCGUGCCGUUCUCAUCAGAGUCCCCAAGACCAGUGUGCCCAUUUAUGUCAAACUGAGCACAAUGCACCCAAAAUCGCAUGUUUCAAAAGAACCGAGACCAUUGCUUGGAGUUCAUUGUAAGGAGAAAUAUCAGACAGAGCCAAACUGCCACCUUUGGAAAGCCUCGGCAUGUCUCUCACACUGCAUUAAACCGGCUGAUGGAGAUCCAAAUCAAACGGCUCUGUGACGUGAUGGUUAGGGGCUGGGGCUCUGGAGUGAGUAAAUCUGAGUUCAAACCCCGGCUGUGUAACCUUGGCCACAUUACUCACCCUCUCUGCACCUGGACCAUCAUAUGUCAGGUGAGGGGUCGAGUCUAGGUUGUCACUUCUUCUAGUUCUAGCAUAAAAAUGUGAUUGAUUUUUUCUUACCAGUUAAUGCAAGCACAUGAUACAAAGCACAUGGUACAAAGCACACAAUGGUUUGUCCUGAAAAGUCAG